AUGGCAACUUUAGAAAUGAGUUACAGCGAGGUUUUUGCAUUUCCAAAACACUUAAGUUCCGGGGAUGUUUUUGUUACCCAACAAAUUUUGAAAAGCCAACACAAGUCCGAGUUUUUCGAAGGAAAAUACAAGUUAAACAGAGUGACAAAAAGACAAGCCUCUGCCUUGCUUGAAAUAACUCAAAUAGGUGGAACAUCAAAAGAUGACUACAAGAAGUAG